CUACUGCCGAUCCUCUUGCCGUGUCGUCGCAAGUCCAUAGGCCAGCAAUUUAACACCAUUAUGAAUCAAGACUGAGCUGAACCACCUCAUCGGCUCAACCUCAUUCGUUGUUGAGUAAUGAGAGAACCCUCGUAUGAUUUACUCUAUCGAUGGCAAAUAAGAUCAUGCUAGUGUAUGCUUAGUGAUCUUACUGAGUCCCUGGGUAUUUCAGUACAGAUGUCCCUAGACGACCUCGUCACAUCCAUCUGUUUUCAACAACCGGAGCUGAGAUCACUCUCCUUCGACAAUUCAUCGUCACCUCUUCACUGAGAAUUCGCCAUCACAUCACGGUGCUAACUUUAGUCACCAAGCAGAGUGUAAAUAUAAAUGUCUGACCAGGAAAACUGUCUUAUUUGAGAUUCGACUCUCCGGCUGAGGAUCACCUAAAUCCGAUCACUACAAUACGCCUCGGAACCAACUUUAGGAUGGAAGGAAUAGAAUUCAGCUCUCCUCCAGAUGACUUGGUCGUACCUGAAUAUAAAGCCAAGCGUAGGAUAUUUCCUACAGAUUCAUCAAUCAUCCUUGUCGGAUGUCGUGGUGCCGGAAAACGAACGUUGGGCUUUAUCGCUGCCAAGUAUCUCGGCCGUCGACUUGUCACAGAGGACCACUCGUUUGAACAGUCAACCGGAUGUACGAGAGCGACGUUCUUGCAAAAAUAUGGACGAGAAACCUUCAACCAGCAAAUGGCAGUUGUAAUCGCUCGGGUGCUCAGACUAAAUCAAACCAACUGUGUCAUAGAGUGCGGAACAGGCACGUUGUCGCCGGAUAUCGGGGAAAUACUCAAAAGCUAUGUCGAGACGAAUCCUAUUAUUUACAUUCAUCGUGACAAGGAGGAUCUUUACAAGUUGUUAAAGCUUCCAGUAGCAGAUGCCGAGCGUCUGCUCCUCACAGAUCAGAGCCAUCGUGACUUCUCUAACUUUGAGUACUUCAACCUCUAUGACUCCAGUGGUGAAGGUCAGAUCACAGAGAAUAGUCUGCUCCGUUCUGCAACUACAAGUACCGCCAAGCUCGUGGAAGCUAAACAUGAUUUCAAGGACUUUCUUGAUCACAUCUUGGGUCAUGGCUUGACGCGAUCUUGGGUUGCAAACCCCUUUUCGAGGAAGGCGAUUCCGCCGGAGUACCGAAGCCUCUCCUUCGUCUUCAACAUACGACUUUCAACUCUGAUAAAUCUAGAUAUUGAUCUAGCUACGAUAGAAGCCCCCGGUGAUGUGUUGGAGUUGAUAAUUGAUACUUGGCCCAACAACGUGCUCGAUAUUAUUGCGACCCAGGUAGCCUUGAUCCGUCGAAAGUUAGACAUCCCGAUCAUAUAUAAUGUAGAAGAAAAUCCACGGGAGGAACGCAAGAGGUCCAUGGAAGAACGAAACGUCAUGGACCUUGAAUUAAUGCUCCACGGUCUUCGACUUGGAGUCGAAUAUCUGACUCUCGAUCUCGAAAGACAUCUAGAUCUCGUAUCCAAUAUUCUUUCCAUGAGAGGCAGGACAAAGAUCAUUGCAAAUUUCGUCGUUAAGGGAAUGAAAACACCAAAAUGGACCGACAAUUUCUAUCUCGAACGGUUCUUAUUUGCGAAAUCACUCGGGUGUCAUAUUGUCCGCAUUGCCCGAUUCACCUCGAAGAGAGAUGAUGAUCCACGGAGAGCGUUCUUAGAUACGAUCCACGCAUUACCCGAACCAAAGCCUUGCAUCAUCGCUUACGAUUUCUCGGUUUUCGGCGUGGUGACACCCUUUCAAGAUAAGAUCAUGAACCCAGUUGGGCAUGAUUCUAUUGAGAAGUCCUCUCGAGAACAGAUGGUCGGCGUAAGCACAACACGAGGCACACUACGCGCUAUCUUUCGGAAAGGAAAAUGGCUGCAGCCGCUAAACUUUUACGUGACAGGAUCAAACGUCUAUUUUUCGGCUUCACCAUCCAUGCACCGAGCGGCCUACGAACACCACAUGAUGGCACACACAUUCGAUGCCAGGCGCUGCACGACGCUUGAAGAGCUCAACCGACUUCAACGCGAGCCUGGUUUUGGGGGGGCUUCGUUAACACCACCUCUCAAAAUAAUCAUCAUGCCGCACCUAGAUCAUCUUAGCACCCACGCUAUUGCAAUUGGCGCGGUAAAUACAGUCCUACCACUUCGUGGACAAACGGAUUCGAUUUUGGACCAUGCCAAUGCUCGAAACAGAUCUGGCGUUACCAAUAAAUUUUAUGGAGACAAUACAGAUUGGACUUCCAUCAUCACUUGCUUACGUCGAGCCAUCAGCCCUAGGAAUUCCGUGCAACCUUCUAGGACGACAGCUCUCGUGAUUGGUGCCGGAGGAAUGGGUCGGGCGGCUAUCUAUGCUUUGAUCAAGUUGGGAUGUCGGAUGAUCUUCAUUCAUAACAGGACGAAAUCGACAGCAGAAGAAGUAGCUAGGCAUUUCAACGAGUAUGCCAUAGAGCAGAAGCUUAUCCGCCAAAAUGCGGGAGAGCUAAUUUGCCAUGUCAUUAACUCGCCUAAUGACCCAUGGCCAGAGAGCUAUCAACAACCAACGAUUGUCCUAUCGUGUAUUCCUGCAUCUGGAAUAGAUGACAGUCCACCCGUGGACUUUAGAAUGCCGCCGCACUGGCUGAAAAGCCCUACUGGUGGCGUUGUGAUUGAGUUGGCAUAUGAGCCCUUAAUCACGCCUCUUAUCGUCCAAAUGCGUAAAAUUCGCGAAGAUGGUAACACGUCAUGGGUUAUUGUCGAUGGCUUAGAGGUCGUCGGCGAAAUGGCCAUGGAAGCCUUUGAGCUGAUGACCGGUCGUCAAGCACCCAGAAGGCUUAUGCGACGAGUUUGCAACGAGACAUGGGAAAGGACAAGUGCGCCAUUCCAGCCACAGCGAUAAUGGAGUGUGAUUGUUCGCCGUGAUAUUCUUCUAGACACACUACACGCAGUAACACAAAAUCAACCGCCUAACACAACGACACAACUCUAUGAGGAGCAACCUCUUACCCCCCAAAAAUCUUCAGAAAUAUACCCAUAUUCUCCUCAAUUAUGCAUUUGAAGCUGAACACCAAAUUUUCAGCUUCUGAGACUCUAACAUCAGCUCCUCUUAUAAGG